UACUGUAGAGUUUGCGUUAAUAUGUGGUAACACUUAUAACGCAUGCGUACAACACAAUUGACCACAACAUUGAUGACAAUUACUACUUAAAUGUGAUUUAAUUAUCACUGACUUACCAUCAAUUGACACCUCAUGAGUGAUGGCAACGAAGACAGGUUUGGAGAAACCUAAACCUAAUUAUUAUAAACAAGAAAUCAGAUAUCAAGUGAAUGAAAAGGCAGACAACAAUACAUUACAUUUGGUUGACAUUAAUAUAUGGAAACAUCACCUUUAUGAUUUACAACAGAAAGCACCGACACCUAAACGAGUUCUUUGUCACCGAGAGGUUGCUCACAGACCCAGACAUUAUGGCAGAGAAUUUCACGGCAUUUUGUCGCGAGAAGAGGCCGAACAUAUGUUAAGUGAAGAGGGAACUGAUGGCCGCUAUUUGAUUCGCGAGAGUCUCAGAAAUAGGGGUCAAAUGACACUCAGCUUAAGAUUUAAUAAUGCGACCAAAAAUUACCGACUCUUUUAUGACGGACAGCACUUUGUUGGCGACAAGAAAUUUGAUACAAUUCACGAUUUAGUGGCCGACGGACUUAUCACACUAUAUCUUGAAUUACAUGCAUCCGAAUAUAUUGCAAAUUUAAGCAAUUCUUGUAAAUAUGAAGAAUCACCUUAUAUGACAUUAUAUAAAAACAAGAAAGUCAUUAACAAAAGUAAACACAGAAGUGUUAUCCAUAAUAACAAAUCAUCGAAUUUGAUGCAAAUUAAAAGGCUUUCUAACUAUGAGGACAAAGACUUUGACGACAACUUUAUGGAUGACGGCAUUGAUGUCCAACAGUUCGAGAAAAAACAUAACUUUAAGACUCAUAAUUUUAUGGGAUCACCUUGGUGUGACUUCUGUGGCAACUUUAUUUGGGGAGUUAUUGGACAGGGAGUCAAAUGUGAAGAUUGCGGAUUUGGUUCACAUCGCAAAUGUUCAGAGAAAGUACCGAAUGAUUGCAGUCCAGACUUAAGACAUAUUCGUCGUAUAUUUGGUGUCGAUUUAACCGCAUUUGUUAAGGCAAGCAAUAAUGUGCGCCCUUUUGUAGUCGAUCUGUGUAUUAAAGAAAUUGAAAAGAGAGGAUUAAAUAAUGAGGGUUUAUACCGUGUUUCGGGAUCGGCUGAUGAGAUAGAAAUAUUAAAAUGUCGGUUUGAAACAGAUUGGGAACAAACAGAACUUUACUUUUCAUGCUUUGAAGACAUUCACGUUAUAACUGGUGUUUUAAAAUUAUAUUUUCGCUCACUUCCCAUCCCAUUGAUUACAUUUGACGCCUAUCCCAGGUUUAUAGCAGCAAUAAAUAAACCUAAUUUGGAGCAGCGAUUGAAUGCUAUGAAAGAGUCUGUUAAUGGAUUACCGCCCGCUAACUACCAAACACUCAGAUUUUUUAUUAUACAUCUUUAUAAGGUUACGACUUAUGAGUCCAAGAAUUUAAUGUCGGCUAAGAAUUUGGGGCUUAUAUUUGGUCAGACAUUACUUCACACACCAAACAUUCCAAUGCUAUUCCAAGUGAAUUGUUGGCAAAAUGAAAGCGAUGUCAUUGAAACACUUAUUCUAUACCAUUCCAGACUUUUUAACAAAUAAUACCAAUAUAUCUGUACCUACAGGUGCUAAACAUGUGUUAAUAUUCUGUUGCAUCUUCUAGUCUUUACCAAAAACUCUGCUCAGAAUUUUUCACUAAUUAUCCAUUUUUGUGCCAAUUUUUGCUCACAUUUUAUUUGUUUGAGAUUUUUUGUUGUGUAUUUCAAAAGUAAUUAUUAUAUAAAGUCAUAAUUUGUGCUUUAGUUGGUCACAGAUUUAUUGACCAAAUUUAUAAUUA